AUGUCCACUGAACGCUACCAAGAUAAUCAUGACUCUAGUAGCAUCGAAUCUUGGUCACCUGAAAUCAAGUCUCGAUGGCGUUUCUCGGCUGAACAACACCAAGCACUUGAAGAAGCAUACCAGGAACAGCGUAAUCCUUCACAAGGUGAAAUCAACUGGUUAGCUGAAGAGCUUCAAAGCCCAAGAAAAACAGUGGUGACAUGGUUUCAAAACAGACGAGCUAAAGAACGUCGUCGUCGUGGUCAGCGACAGCGUCAAGAAUCUCCUCACAUGGCACAAGCUUGGGUGUCAUCAUCAUCAUCGUCAUCAUUUGAAACAGCAGCAAGAGCCACAACCCAGCUACUAUCAACGCAUGAGGAUAGUACUAGUUCACAAGUGUUGUUUCCAACAUCAACUGAUGGCCAAAGGCAGCCAAUGUACAAUGGUUCAUUUUCGUAUUAUCUACUACCAGCAUCCCAUCAUAGUGGUCCGAUGACUCAAUAUGCAGCGUGGCAAUCCCCUACUUUCCAAGCCCUUUAUGCACUCGACGACAUUGAUCUUUUUCUGGAUCUCAAUGACAUUGCUUACAGCUAUCAGUGA